CCUGAUGGGAAAAGUAGCGCCCCAGAGGGAAAGCGAGGAUCAGCCGAAGACAACUGCCGGCGAAGGGAGCGUGGGUGGCCGCGUCUCCUUUUCUUCCUAGGAUAUGUCGGCGAAAAGGAAAGCCGACGCGCUGAUCCCGGCAGAGGAGAGCGACCAGCUGCUGAUUCGGCCCUUAGGUGCUGGGCAGGAAGUAGGAAGGUCAUGUAUUAUCCUGGAGUUUAAAGGACGGAAGAUCAUGCUUGAUUGUGGAAUUCAUCCUGGCCUAGAAGGAAUGGAUGCUCUUCCUUAUAUUGAUCUGAUAGACCCAGCUGAGAUUGAUCUCCUUCUGAUUAGUCAUUUCCACUUGGAUCAUUGUGGAGCAUUACCAUGGUUUCUACAGAAGACGAGUUUUAAAGGAAGAACUUUUAUGACCCAUGCGACAAAAGCAAUUUAUAGAUGGCUUCUUUCAGAUUACGUCAAAGUUAGCAAUAUCUCUGCAGAUGACAUGUUGUAUACGGAGACAGAUCUAGAAGAAAGCAUGGACAAAAUCGAAACUAUCAACUUCCAUGAAGUCAAAGAGGUGGCAGGAAUCAAAUUCUGGUGUUACCAUGCGGGCCACGUUCUGGGAGCCGCCAUGUUCAUGAUUGAAAUAGCUGGUGUGAAGCUUUUGUACACAGGUGAUUUCUCAAGACAAGAAGACAGGCACUUAAUGGCAGCUGAAAUUCCCAAUAUUAAACCUGAUAUUCUUAUCAUUGAGUCUACUUACGGCACACACAUCCAUGAAAAACGAGAAGAGCGGGAGGCAAGAUUCUGCAACACUGUACAUGAUAUUGUAAACAGAGGAGGUAGAGGUCUCAUUCCUGUGUUUGCUCUAGGAAGAGCACAAGAAUUGCUUUUGAUUCUAGAUGAAUACUGGCAGAAUCACCCUGAACUCCAUGACAUCCCUAUAUACUACGCUUCCUCUCUGGCAAAGAAGUGCAUGGCAGUGUAUCAGACCUAUGUCAAUGCCAUGAAUGAUAAAAUCCGCAAGCAGAUCAACAUCAACAACCCCUUUGUAUUCAAACACAUUAGUAAUCUGAAGAGUAUGGAUCACUUUGAUGACAUCGGCCCCAGUGUUGUGAUGGCUUCCCCUGGUAUGAUGCAGAGCGGCCUAUCCCGAGAGCUUUUUGAGAGCUGGUGUACGGAUAAAAGGAAUGGCGUCAUCAUAGCAGGCUAUUGUGUUGAAGGAACACUUGCCAAGCAUAUAAUGUCUGAACCGGAAGAAAUUACAACCAUGUCAGGACAGAAACUUCAGCUAAAGAUGUCAGUAGAUUACAUUUCUUUCUCGGCUCAUACAGAUUACCAACAAACCAGUGAAUUUAUUCGAGCACUGAAACCUCCCCAUGUGGUUAGUAUCUGUGUUGGCUACUUUCAGGGAGUGCAGUAUUUGUCAGGUUCU